AUGAGUCAUUGGCAACAAACUUUUAAUUCUCAGUUUGUUGACUCUUUUGACCGACCUUGUUAUGAUUUGGAAAUUUUAAAUAGUACUUCUUUUAAAUUUGCUCGACCGGAAACGCCAAUUAAUUCUCAUACUUCCGCUAAAAUUUCUGCUAGAGAAAAAUUAAGAAAUUUGUUACCUCUUAUUAACACUGAUACCUCUCGAUCUUCUACUCGCGAUAGACAAUUACCGAAAGAUCAUUUGACUCAUUCUCAAAAUUAUCAAAAUUACCUUUUGGAUACCACUCGUCCUACUGAACGCUCCAUAAAAUUUAUCGCUGACUCUGACCAUGAUUUAUCUAAUAAAAAUGAUAAAUCUGAUCAGAGAAAAUCUAUUUCGAAAGGCUUAAAAUCUCGUCGUCGUGCUACUAUUCCUUCUCGUGGAAUGUCUUUUCCUGUUACUAGUUCUACUUCCUUCAAUUACGAUCAAAUCUAUAAUAAUCAAAAUAUCUCGGUUUUAUCGAAUGAUCCAAUUGCUGGAAAUUCCUCCGAUAUGACUUCAUUUACCUCUCCUUGUGAUCCUCCUCCUUUAUCUCCUUGUUCUUCAACUUCGUCUAUUAGCUCUUCCAUUGGUACUCCAACUCCCGCUCAAUCAAUUCAAAGUCACAGGUAUUCUACUGGAAAACAAAUUCCAAGUUCUUCGCAACAUUAUAAUUUACAAUUUCCUUCCUUCGGUUCAUCUGUUUCUCAAUUGGAGUCCUCCCCCCUUGCUAUAAGACCUAAAUUAAACGUUAUUACAGAAAAUCCUUAUCAGAAUGAAACUCGUUUCCUUUCUUUACCUGAUAUGGUUAAUGCUUCUUCUUAUGAAAAUCUUCCUUGGUCUCCUGCUGUUAACUUUUUGGCUAAUUUGGCUCAAGCUACUAUUUCUAAACCAAAUCCUGAUGAUGAAGGUCAACAAAUUGGUGAUUAUAUUAUCGGUAAAGUAAUUGGUAGAGGUGGUUUCUCUACUGUAAAAGAAGCUAUUAGAAUGGGAAUGAAUGAUUAUUCCGGUAUGGAAAAAGUCGCUGUUAAGAUCAUACAAAAAAAUCAAGAUUCUGAUUACAAUGACCGUAUUCAGGCUCUCCUCGAAAGAGAAAUUUGUAUUUGGAAAGCACUUGAUCAUCCAAAUAUAGUUCAAAUGGUUAGUUCCCAAGAGGAUGAUUAUGCUACUUAUGUAUUUUCCGAAUAUUGUCCUGGUGGCACUCUUUUAGACUAUGUAAAGAAAAAUAGUAAGGGUGAAGGUAAAGGAUUGGAUGAAGAUGAAGCCCGUAAUAUAUUUUUAGAAAUUGCUGAAGCUGUAAGAUAUCUACAUGAUGAUAUGAGACUGGUUCAUAAAGAUAUCAAAUUAGAUAAUAUUUUAUUAGAUAAAGAUGAUACUUGGAAGUUAUGUGACUUUGGUUUAACUGAAUUCCAAAAUGAUGCGAAUGGUUUCGCAAACCUCCCUUCAUGUGAUGAAGAAGCUGGUGGUUCUCUUGCUUAUUGUGCUCCUGAACAAGCUCGCAGUAAAAUUCCCCUAAAGGAUCCUGCUGCUGAUAUAUGGAGCUUAGGUGUUGUACUAUAUGCCCUGGUGGUAAACCAUUUACCUUUUAUGGAUGAUUUCGCUCCACGUCUCCAACUUAAAAUCUUGAAUGGACGUUAUGAUGAAUCAGCUCUUAUAACUGCUGGUAUUAGUGAUGAUUUACGAGAUUUGUUGAAAUUAAUAUUUAAAACAAAUCCUGCUCAAAGAUUAACAAUCAGUCAAGUUCUGGAGCAUCGAUGGUGCGUGCAGUAA